AUGUGUUAAUUAAUUGAUUCACAUUAUUAUUUUGAUAUUAUUGAAGGGGUAGGCUUAUUUAUUUUCUUCGCUAGUUAUUCUGCGAAUAGUUAAUUAAAGAAAAUUUAAAAAAAGGAAUUAAUUCAAAGUUUAUUUAUAUUUGUACGUAUACACAUACAUACAUACAAACAAACAAACAUAGACAGAUAAUGUAUAUUUAUAUAUUUAUUAUAAAUCAUCUUAUUAAAGCAGUAACAAAAAAAAUCAAUUAAUUAUUAAUUAAUUAAAUUGAAAAAUAAUACAAAAGUCAAAACAACUUAGAAAACGAAAAAAAAGCACUAAAAUUAAUAAUCAAUUAAAUUAACAAAUCUGCACCCUUUAAUCAAUCAAUAAUAUCUUAAAAUGAGCUCGAAAACCUCAACAUUACGCAGGAACGUUUCAGCUCUUUCUUCAUCUGCAUAAGAAAGUUCUUCUUAGUAUUUUGCCUCUUCUUCAUCUCACUUAGAUGCAGCCACAAUUGAGUCACCCCAGCUUCUGAAUUUUGAGGCAUCUGUACCUUUAGAUGAUGUGACCACUAUCAAUGUAAAAUCAAGUAGAAUUUCUUCUAAGCAAAGGGGAUAUGAAAAGCCCAGAGUUGCUAACAACGAUUAUGAAGAGAGCGAGAAUGCUUUUUACGAAAGCGAUACCUCUAACUGGAGCUUGACUGGAAAUAACAACAAAAAAACUACUAGCAAAAAAUGCAUCGACAGUAAUUAGCAUAAAAACUAGAAAAAAACUAAAUAAAUUUAAAAGAAUAAAAAAUCCUUACAAGAAUCUUCAAAGUAAUCAGAAAAAAAAUAUGGUAGAAACAAAAAUAUUAAAUAAAAUAUACCAAUUAGAAAUUUUGUUGUGUAGGAAAUAUUUUAAAAACAACAACAACAAAGUCAAACUGUGCACAUUUUGGGAGGAUUAAUUAUGAGCUAAAAUCAAAGUGUGGAAGAGAUGAACAAUAAUAUUUUCAAUUCGCUUAUAAAUAAUAAAUAGCAAAAUUGGAAUUUCAAUGAAUAAUUAAAAGCAAAUUAAAAAGAAUGUAAUAUUGGGAGUGAUAUUCAAUGUACUUAGUAUGAAAAUAAUGUGUUUAGUGAUUAAUUAAUAAUUAAAUUAAAAUACAAGAGUGAACCAACUUCUGAAUUGCCAAGCAAUCUCAAUAUAUCUAAUUAAUAAAAGUAAUACUUAAUUAAUUUCAUCACCCAAUAAAAGAUAAGCAGAGAAAGUAUUAACAACCUUUUAUCGGAAGAAUCAUCAACUAAUUCUGCUCUUCCUUUGAUCAUUUCCCAAAGAGAGUCUAUCCAAAAUGAGUAAAUCACUAACUUUAUCAACAAGAAUAUCGACGAGUCCUCCUUCUAUUCCUUCCAUGUUUUUUCUUCUGAUUUCAACCACAAAGAAGUCAACCUCAACAAAAUUGGAUUUUCAUAUAAACUUUUGGCAUUGAUGAAUUUUAACUACUAAAGUUGUUCCCUUUUCUAAUGCUAAGAGCUUUUGAACAGACUCUUCACUCUCGAAUAAUACGAAUAACUCUAAUUCUAGCACUUCCUCAGCAGCAAUAACUAAAGCUUUACCUAGACAUCGAUUAACACAUUUGACAGACUCCAAUUAAAAUGCAUUAUUUCCAUUUAAAAGUUCGCUUUUGAGUAUCCUGAGCACAUCUCUUAGUAUUUCAAAAAUAUCAAUGAGAGAGUGUACUUUAUCAGAUAUCACAUUGAUCAUUCCCACAUCUCAAACAUUCUCAGCAUGCGUGCUUAGAACUACAACAUCCUUCAAUUGUCUUCCCCUCAAACCACUAACUCUUAUGCAACCAUUUCCCAAAGUUUUAUUUAAAAAUAUUACUCUGAGGAGUUAAAAAUUUAAUAAGAAAUUGAGCUCAUAAAAUAUGACGAUGAAGCCUAAGAAAAAACUAUCAAUAACUAUUUGAGUCAGCACCUGACUGAAUCCUUUUAAAAUUUGGCAUCACAAUCAAAGGCUCAAAAGCAAAGCUUCUCCUAACUACCAUAAAACAACUGCAAGUCAGAGUAUUAAGAUUAGAUUAAUUUGUAUUUGCAAAAAGGAUAAUCUUAGUAGAUUUUAGACCAACUAUGUGAAACUCGCAACUAAUCCUGGAGCGUCAGCACCAAAGCAUCUGAGUCCCAAGAAGAAAUAAUCAAGUAAAAGCAAGAGGAAGAAGACCAAAGAAUCUUAAAUGAAGAGUCAGAAGACGACGAAGACGAUGAUGAUGAAGAGGACAUAGACAUCUUAUUGCUCAAGAUUCAACUCAUACAAAAAUUUUAGUAAUAAAUGAAUAUUCUCUAAUAGCAAUAACAACAACAACAACAAUAAUAACAAAACUUCUAAUAUCAAAAAUAACAAUAAAAUAACUAUUAAUUUUCUUAUGCUCAGCAAUGUUAAAACUAAAUGUAAAUAGAAUAAACCAAUAUUUCCUCAUAAAAAGCCUGCUAAAAUAUUUACAACUAAAGUGCUAUCAACUCAAGUGAAUGUAUUGACCAUGAAAUGUAUCUUAAUAAAUAUGCAUUAAGUCAGCAAGAUGAUGACAGUGAAUUUUCAAGUGUUAAAAAAUAUCCCAGCUUCAUAGAUUUUUGA